GGACAAGGGCAGAGGCGGGACAGCCAGACAUGCUGCCUUGUUAGUCCAGUCUCAAGCCACCAAGCUUCCCCACAUCUGCCGGCAGUACAAGGAGACAAAGCAGCCAGCCCACGUGCCAGACUUCUGCCCCCGACCUCACUCGAAAAUGAACCUGAAACUGAAACAGAGUCAGGAUUCCUGGCUUGAAGUCCUAGAUGAGUCAUUGCUAAGAGGAACUGCAGUAGCUGAAAAGUGGCACCAGAGAGGCAGGCGUGAACCAGAGGCACAGGAGGCAGGCAGCACAUCUGAGGGUACCAGAGAAGCAUGGCAAGUAACAUGGAGGUGGUGGCCAUGGACUGCGAGAUGGUGGGGCUGGGGCCCUUUAGCAUCGAGAGCGGCUUGGCCCGUUGCAGCCUCGUGGACUACCACGGCGCUGUGCUCUAUGACAAGUUCAUCCGGCCUGAAGGUGAGAUCACCAAUUACAGAACCCGGGUCAGUGGGAUCACACCUUGGCACAUGGAGGAGGCCACACCCUUCGCCGUGGCCAGGCUAGAGAUCCUGCAGCUCCUGAAAGGCAAGCUGGUGGUAGGACAUGACCUGAAGCACGACUUCAAGGCGCUGAAGGAGGACAUGAGUGGCUACGCCAUCUACGACACGGCCACCGACAGGCUGCUGUGGCAUGAGGCCGGCCUGGACAACUGCAAGCGUGUCUCCCUCCGGGUGCUCAGCGAGCGCCUCCUUGGGCGCCACAUCCAGAACAGCCAGUUUGGGCACAGCUCGGUGGAAGAUGCCAGGGCAACGAUGGAGCUCUAUCGCAUCGCCCGGCGAAUUCGAUCCCGCUGAGGACUCCUCGCCGGCAGUGUCAGCUCUACUCGGCCCCGCUCCCGGGGACCAGAGGCCUCCGUCUCAGGAAAGCAGCAACCUCGCUUUUGGAAAAUGCAUCUUUAGUAGUAAAAUGCUUCUAUAUUUUC